AUGGCCUCAGCUGCCUCUGUGACCAACCUGGUAGAUGAGGUCAACUGCCCCAUCUGCCAAGGCACUCUGAGGGAACCUGUCACCAUCGACUGUGGCCACAACUUCUGCAGGGGCUGCCUCACUCGCUACUGUGAGAUACCAGGUUCAGAAUCCGAGGAGUCCCUCACCUGUCCGCUCUGCAAAGAGCCUUUCCGUCCGGGGAGUUUCCGGCCUAACUGGCAGCUGGCCAAUGUGGUGGAAAACAUCGAGCGCCUCAAGCUGGUAGCCAYGCUGGGCCCAGAGGAGGAGGACGUCUGCCAGGAGCACGGCGAGAAGGUCUACUUCUUCUGCGAGGAUGAUGAGGCGCAGUUGUGUGUGGUGUGUCGUGAAGCUGGGGAGCACAGGGUUCACACUGUGCGCUUCUUGGAGGAUGCUGCAGGUCCCUACMGGGAACAAAUACAGAAGUGUCUUAGAAAUCUAAGAAAGGAGAGAGAGGAGAUUCAAGAAAUCCAAUCAAGAGAAAAUAAAAGGAUACAAGUCCUCCUGACUCAGGUGGCCACCAAGAGACAACAGGUGAUUUCUGAGUUUGCACAUCUGAGCCAGUUCCUGGAGGAACAGCAGAGUACACUCUUAGAGCAACUGGAGAGGCUAGAUGGUGACAUUUUGAAGCAACAGGAAGAGUUUGAUUCCCUGGUUGCUGGGGAGAUCUGCCGGUUUAGUGCCCUGAUUGAAGAGCUGGAGGAGAAGAGCGAGAGGCCAGCAAAGGAGCUCCUGACGGAUAUCAGAAGCACUCUAAUAAGAUGUGAAACCAGAAAGUGCCGGAAACCAGAGGCUGUGUCCCCUGAGCUGGGCCAGAGGAUUCGGAACUUCCCCCAACAAGCCCUCCCAUUGCAGAAGGAGAUGAAGAUGUUCCUGGAAAAACUCUGCUUUGAGUUGGACUAUGAGCCAGCUCACAUCUCUCUAGACCCCCAGACUUCCCACCCCAAGCUCCUCUUGUCUGAGGACCACCAACGGGCUCAGUUCUCCUACAAAUGGCAGAAUUCACCAGAAAGCCCCCAGCGUUUUGACCGGGCCACCUGUGUCCUAGCCCACAGUGGCUUCACAGGYGGGAGACACACCUGGGUGGUGAGCGUGGACUUGGCCCACGGGGGCAGCUGCACUGUGGGUGUGGUGAGUGAGGAUGUUCGGCGUAAGGGGGAGCUGCGGCUGCGCCCAGAGGAGGGCGUGUGGGCUCUGAGGCUGGCCUGGGGCUUUGUCUCUGCCCUGGCCUCCUUCCCCGCAAGACUGGCCCUGGAGGAGCAGCUCCGGCAGGUGCGGGUAUCUCUUGACUACGAGGUGGGCUGGGUGACCUUUGCCAAUGCUGUCACUCAUGAGCACAUCUACACCUUCACUGCCUCCUUCACYGGGAAGGUCUUUCCCUUCUUUGGGCUCUGGGGCCGAGGGUCCAGUUUCUCUCUGAGCUAUUGA